AUGUCUUCAGACGCGAAUGAUGAAUUCGAUGUUCGCUCUGCCCCUCCGCCUUUCAAGGGAGUAGAAAAAGAUAAAGUCGAGACGAGAAAGCGACAAGCACUGUUUCUCCGUCAAGCUUUACGCAUCGUUGAAAGAUUCGCUCACAAUCCUGUGGAUACUGAUAUGCUAGCUUUUGCUUUACCAUGGUUGGAACGUGAACAAUAUGAUGAUAUCUCGAUAGAGCGAAAUGCUUAUGGAAAUUGUGGUUAUGUAUUAUGUUCCAAGCCGAAAGGUCAAACCACUAAACAAAAGUACCGUAUCUGCACAACCACUCGGAGAGUAUACGAUAUUACCAAGCGUCAACCAUUUUGCUCAGACUGGUGUUACCGUGCUUCAUGUUACAUACGCAAACAGAUUUCUAAAGAACCAGCAUGGUGCCGUUCAGCAGAUAGUUUAAAACCAUGUCACAUAAGUUUGUUACCUCCUAAUGCUCCAGGACAUGUUGGUAAAGUGAUUUUAGAUGUACAGAAUCGUUUACUCUUAAAUGGAUCUGAAAGUGAUUCAAGUAUUGAAAACGAAAUUAAUGUGAAUGCUGAAUCCGAAUCUAUUGACUUGUCGAGUAGUACAUUGGAAUAUUCACGUAAGGAACUCGAGAAACUGGCACUUGGAACAAAUAAUGAAAAUAGCAUCGUAGUUCAUGACAUUUGUCUACGUGCAUUAGACUCUGUUGAAUCUACAGUCAUAUCUUAUGAUGAUCAGUCAGAAAUGUAUCUCAAGUCUCCAUCAGAUUGCGAACAACUGUUGGAUAACCAAAAUAUUUCUACUAAUGUAUGCGACAAACUUUCAAAACGUUUACAAGAGUGGCUAACUGAAAAAGCCUAUGUGAUUCUCACCACCUAUACAUUUACAUCUGAGGAACCAACUUCGGUUGAUGGGUUACAUAGCAAAAUUUUGCAGCAAUUUUUCUCAAAACAUGUAUCAUCAAUCCGGGGGAAAACUCAAUUUUCUGACUAUCCGCUUACCUGUGUUCUACCACUUAUUGAUUCGGUUUCUCCUGAAGUUCUCCGUAGACAAAUCCUUCUGGAUGAUCUCAAAAAAAGCAUGCAUUCAAUAUUAGAUGCUUUAAAAAUAAAUACCCAUUGUGUAUACAGAAGAUUAGAAAAUUCUGUGCUUCAUUUUAAUCUUACAAGUAAGAACGUACAUAUGAACCCAAACGAAAGUAAAUUAAUGGCUUUAGUGAUCUUAUUCCUCAUGGCAAACGUAGAACCUGCUUUAGCCCAACUCACAAAUGACGAAUGUAUAACUAGAUUUCUAAAUUCAAUAAAUGGACCGUCUUUGUUACUGUUUAAAAAUAAGAUCAUAAACCAGGCGAUGACUCUGUACCGUUAUGAUUCGGAUGACUAA